AUGGACUUUCUUUCCUUUGACAACGGAGUGAUCAAAAAUCCAUUCUACCGGAAAGACGCUGUUGACGGCGACGGCGGUUACAGAGCUCAUCGCAAAUGGAAUCGCCAACCUCGCGACGCUAUCACCUGUGCCAUACCCGCAUACACGCGCAAUCUGCUAUCCGAAGACAAGACACCAUUCCAAUGCAGUCCAGCAGCUGUGUGCUUCACCGAUUACGAUGUCGGCAUAGAGCACAAGAUUAUUGUCGCCUUUACAAAUACGGCUACAGUCCCCAAAACAUUCCGAGUGAUGCCCAUUCUGUCGAGGUACGCGAACGUGGUGAGCGUCGAGUACACUGUUCCACCAAGAAUAUCACCGGGACUGUCGUGGAAUGUCACCGUCAAAUACCGACCUCGCGAUGUAAGUGAUAUUUCCACCGCCAUUUAUGUCAAGACUGAUGAGGGUUACUUUGCAGUUCCGCUCACCUCCUCGAAGAAAGCGUUUGUCUUUUCUGUGGAGCCGAGGAGCGUGAGUUUUGGCACCGUGAUUGUGGGCGAAAAGCGUGCGAAGGUGAUUACGCUUCGAAAUAGUGGAGCAAUGCCGGGAACUGUGAUCGUCGGUGGUGAUUUCAAAUCUCUCCUCGAGCAAAAACACACGAAUCCUGUCGAUGGCAAAAAAAUGAGCUUUUUCCGAAUUUCACCACCGCAGUACAAGAUAGAGAUUCCAUCGUUCUCUAAGUCGCUGGUAGUUCUCAGCUUUGCCCCGCUGAAUCCGACGCAGAUCAACAACGAAAUUACAUUCACAGAGAAGAACAGUUCUCAGCUACCUCACUCCAUUCCAAUUACAGGCAGCAGCACGAACCUUCCAGUGUUUCUUACAACUGGAAAACUGGAAUUUGGGGCGUGCUUUUACGGCGAGCAAUACUGGGAUGAGGUGAGUGUCGUCAAUAAAGCUAACAUUGCCGCGGCAGCAGAGUUUCAAGUUCCUCCGUCGUUGGUUGGCGCCUUGGCUGUCUCCCCGUCUCGUGUGUGUGUGCAGUCUGGUGAGGAAUACAGUGUGCGGGUCGUUUUCACGCCUUCGAAAGACCUGCCAAAAGAUUUCUCUUCGGUAAUCAAGUGCGUCGUACAGAAUCAAAAACUACCUCUCACUUUGAACAUAGACGGCGUGCUAUCGCACCGUGCACCCUGUUUGCCGUCUACUGCUUUUGAUAUUGGCACAAUCCCGUUGCAAACGAUGAGAUCAGUACAGGUGCCUGUUACGAACGAAUCGAGUGUGAAGCAGCUCGUCGGCUUCGAUAAUCUUCCUCCUUGGGUCGUAGCUACCCCUGAGGUUUUGGCACUCGUACCUUUUGAGACGGCGAGCUUCACCCUCAAGAUGGAGGCCCCGCAGGAUGGUCGUUUUUCGCACCGCCUGAAGCUCAUAAACGAGUUUGGUGACACGCAAUACAUUUCUCUUAGUGGGCAGGGAACACGUCCUCCGGUAGCACUUUCAGCGCGGACGCUGCUGCUUCCCCCCUGUAACAUUGGCCGCAGUGUUUUUGCUACGACAGUGCUUUCAAACACAAGCGGGAAGCUGAUUCAGUUUAGCUUUUGCGUCCCGUGCUCUUUUUUCAGAGUGUCUCCUAACGCAGGUGUUUUGCAGCCGGGCGAAAGUGUUGUGGUGGCUAUCUUUUUCCAUGCACCAAUGGAGUUUGAGUACGUGGAGUCCCCGCAGCCGGUCGCCCCACUGCAUCGGGCAAGGCCGAAAAAAGACGUCUCGAUUGGAUUCGUCUCCGACGCGCCGCCACCGCAAAAGCAAUCCAUGUAUGAUGACUGGGUGUCUGGAAGCGAAAUGGAGCUAUGGAGUAGGCAUAAGCAGUUUCGAAUUCAGUGCUGCUUGAACGGCUUAGACGAUGAAUGCUGCUUUAUUGUGGUGAGGUGCUGUGCGGUGAGGCCAUCUGUGAGAAUCGAGGAGGCUGAAAAGGCACCAAUCACGCUGCCAACAAAACAACAGAAGCCCACUGAAAACGAUGCUCGCCGGGUGUCCCCAAAAGGUUCUGAUGUCGCAGAUAGAGAUGAAAACGGUGCUACGUCCCAAAAGUACAAGGGAGAGGUGUUCAUUGAGUUUGGGAAAGCACCAAUUCAUCACGCUUCUAUUCGCUCGUGCAAGGUACAUAAUACUGGUGAUGCACCUUUCAUGAUUCGCGCUCCGCCGCUGAGCCCGUUUUCCUCGUUUUCGCUUCUGACCAUGGCAUUCGAUGAGGUGCCGCCACAUACAGAAGCAGAGAUACAUUUCUCCUUUCAUCCGCACUCGUACGGGAAAUUCAAUGAAACAAUAAAGGUGGAACUGGCUAUGCCCGACGGCACAGUCACUUUUGUUUUUGCGAACGUGCAGGGGACAUGCAGUCCGACACAGCUGACCAUUACUCCCGCAGAAAGCGUUUCGCAACAAGACGCUUCCUCUAUUGUGUCUGUGGAGCAUAUGGCGUUCGACUGUACGCAGAAGAGCGAAUCCACGCGGAAGGGUUUGAGUUUCCACAACGUGGGCUCCUUCUCUCUUGAAGUCCUAAUAACCAGUUACACGGAGGAAGGUGAAAGGGCGCAUGCAGGGAGCAACGCUGUGCUUUUUGAUCCGAGCGACAUACUGCCCUUUCUCGUGCACCCGCGUGCGUUCACUCUGCAGCCGAACACGAAGCAGGUUGUGGAUGUUGUGUUCGCGCCGUCGGAUGUUGGGGUGUACUCGAAACGACUGAGCAUUGCUGCCAGCGGCGAAACUCGUGAACUCGCUCUCGAGGGUCGAAGUGUGAGUAGCGGCAUCUACUGCUUUGUGCCGAUUUCAGACGUGAAAACGGGUAAGCCAACCGCAGUCUCCUUUGAAGGCGGGAUCGGUUGCCGGCCUGACUACCCUGUUUCACUGCCUUUUGCGGAAGAGGAAAGCAAAAUAUUGAUACUCGGUAAUCUUCUCAAAGGCCUCAGUGUGGAAUACAAUGUGCAGAACUGGGAGCAGACGAGUCCUCUCGAAAUGCCACAGGAGUGGAGUGUGACACCGCUUUCGCAAAUUGUUGCAAGCGGAAAAGAAGCACGCCUCUCCGUCCAUCGGUCCUUUCCAGAGGAUGAGGAUGAAGGUGUUUUGUGUGGCAUCAACUCGCUCUUCCCAUUCCGGUUCACAAUCGUUUUGAGGGGUGAGGGUGCAGAACUGCUAGCUUACCGUACCCUUUACGUUGUCUGCACUGAUUAG